AUUGAUAUUAUAUGCAGAGAACCAAAUGUGAAUGAAAGGAAGUUGCAGAGAAAAAUUCCUUUGAAUCUUUGAUUUUAAAAGGAAAAGAGAGAGAAAAAAAAAAGGAAAGACAGAAAGAGAGAAAAGUUUACCAUAAAAUAUAGUCAUAGAAUACCUUUUUGAUGAUGAUGAUGGGGCACAUGGGCUGCACCUGCAAAUGGCGUCUUGUUUAGCUUUUUUUUAUAUAUAUUAGAUGGUUACUGAGACAGUUUGAUAUACAUCUUCCCCAUAUACUGUGAUCUUCACGUGCACUUCUGUUUUCCCUUUGUAUCUUCUCUGCAAAUCUUAUCUGGUUUUUCUUUAUUUUUCCAACUAGGGUGGUCUUUCCUAUAAGGUGUCUGUACACAGAAUUUGAUUAGUUCUUACUUGGGAAUUCAGUUCUUCUGCGGUUUGUUUGACAAACAAGAAAAGGAAAAUGGAGAGUAAGAGGCAAGUUGGUUCUUCUUCCUCCUUCACUGCUGAUCUGUUUGGCUCCAAGGAGUCAUCAUCAUCAACGUCGAAAGGGAUUUUCAGUUCCAUUUUUCCACCUCCAUCCAUGGCGGGAGGGAGGAACUCCUCAAGCUCCAAGGUGUUAGAAUCUUGGCCAAAUCAGUCUUUAGAAGGUUCAGCUUGGAGACAUGGAAUGCAAGCUCCACUUGCUGAGGGUGCAACCUAUAACAUACCCAACAAGGAGAGGAACUCAGUUUUUCAGGAAGAAAGGGCAGAACCAUGCCAUUUAAGUUCAUCUCUUUACUAUGGUGGCCAAGACAUAUAUUCCUGUUCUUCGAGUACUCAAACUUCUACGUCAUACCCUAUUUUUAAGAAAGAUGGAGGUGAAGAUGAUCCUAAUGGAAACAAUUCACAGGAUGCUUCUAGAGGAAACUGGUGGCAAGGUUCGCUUUAUUAUUAGAGCCUGCGCUUCUAGUGCAUAUGGAUUCUCCAUCAGUUUUCCAAGGAAUUCAUAUAGCAAACAAAUAAUCAUGGAAGACAAGAAGUACGAAUAAGUUCCUGACAUUGACAGAGCCCAUUAGGGAUCUCAAAUCCUUUCUGUAAUAUGAUAUCUUUUUCAUAAUUCUAUCUGGAAAUGAUGUUUGAGAAUUCCUUCACUACAUCAUAGACUUAGCUCUGGGAUAAGUUUUCUUAGGCUGAGAAGAGCGGAAAAUAUUUAGAUGCUCAAUUUCCCUCCCUAAUGUGUGAAAGGCUGAGAAUGAAUAGAUAAUUUAGGCUUUCCUUUUUAAGUGUCAAUAUGAAUGCUUGAGAUUCGGUAUCCAAA